UUAGGUAUGGGGAAAGAAACUGAACAAAAGACAAGCAUUCCCCUGAUUUGCAUAGAUCCAAAAAAGAUUAAGAACUUCCUGAAUCCGGUUCACUUUUUUAAAAUUGCUCUUCUUUAAAUACAGCUGGCCAGCCUAUAAAACAGGUCCCAUUCCUCUCCACAGUACAGAGAAACUUUGGACUUCCACGCCUUCGCUCCUUCUUGAAGAAAUGGGAACUUGGACUGCUCUCUGUGCCUUCCUUCUGAUUGCCUUCAUCCAUGAUACCUGUUCCCAAACAUGCCUUUGUGCCCGUGGCUUUUGUGAGAGGGGCUGGGUGCAGUAUCAGAAUGCCUGCUAUAAAGCUGUGACACAACCAAUGACCUGGACCGAUGCAGAGAUGGCUUGCCAGAGAUAUGACAGGGACUCUCACCUAGCCUCCAUCCACAGCCCAGAAGAGAAUGACUUCAUUUUUCACCUGAUGGGCAAGCCACUGGAUCACACCAAAGGAAAGGCCUACUGGAUUGGUGCUCAUGACACUUUCAAGGAAGGAGACUUUGUCUGGACAGAUGGUUCCAAAUUUGAUUACCGGACGUUUCCUCCUUCACAGCCUGAUGGACUGGCAGGCGAACACUACUUGGGAUCCUGGGUUUUGCAAAAUGGACUUGUGACCUGGAAUGACUAUGCUGUUUCCUGGAAAUUCCUGUCUGUUUGCAAAUACUCCUUGGGAAGUAGCCACGGGUGCUGUGCAUCGGAAGGAUUCAGAAGGGGAGACUGAUGUGAAAUUGCUGGUGUGAAAAAAGGCAGAAGGUGGAAUCCUGGGAUGUUUCUUCUUCCUGUCACAACCUUAACUUGCUUCUUUGUUUCUUUGUCGAGCGUUGCAGCGUUAUGCAAGGUCAUUUCGAGAUCAGAGCCCUGGCCAGUGGCUUCCAUACAACAGGGAGAAAUUGAGUUGUAGUAAUUGGAGACCUCUAAAGAAGAAGAAAAGGUUGCAAUCCAAAUGAGCUUUUCCAUUUAAGCCUUGAUCAGGGACCUGUCAGUGUCCACAGUUUGCUGGACUCAAAACUCCUAUCAUCCUUGAUGCCUGCUGAGUCAGAUGGGAGCUAAGAGUCCAGUAGAAUUUGGGCGGCUACAGGUUGCCCAUUGCUGUAGCAGCAGGAGCCUCAGUGUUAGCGCAGCACAACAGGGAUACCCAGUGGGUGAUUUGGGUCAGUAGAAGUGUUGCACCCUGUCGACCCUGUCACAUACUGUUUUGUUUCUGCCAGUCCAAGAACAUUUGGAAAGAACCAAAUCCCCCACCUCGGAAAAAGAACCAUUUAUUUCCUUUCUCUGUUUGCUUUCCAUCUUUUCCUCUUGCCAUUUUGAAAUGUUCAUCUUUCAUCCAUGUGCUCCCAUCAAAAAUCAACACUGUAUAAUGCCUAUUCAUUAAAGACCAACUCUUUUAGCACUG